UUCAUUUUGUUUUAUAACAGGCUAGACGUUAUACUUUGGAAGAAAAAAUGUUUUGCAUUGGAAUUUACCGUAGAUCCCGUGCUUCAUAUAAAUACCUAUCCAAAUAUCUCUCAUGUCCUUCUAUUACAACUUUAGACACGGCACUGGAACAUAUUCCCUUAAAUUCUGGAUGCAACAAUAUUAUUCAGAAAUAUCUGAAGUUAGUUGUACAAGAAAUUGAAGAAAAAGAUUUAUAUUGUAUAUUGAUUUGGGAUGAAAUGUCCAUCCAAUCUGCUGUGUAUUAUAAUUCGAAAAACGAUAAAGUUAUUGGCUUUGAAGAUUGGGGCAUGAAACGAACCCGAAAAUUUGCUGAUCACGCAAUAGUGUUUUAUAUAAGAUGUCUUUCUUCGGGUAAUCACAUGCCCAUUGGAUACGGAUUUUGCAACAGUACAACAAAUACACCACAACUUGUAAGGUGCAUCAAACAGUGGUUGACGAUUCUUAUAAAGUGUGGGUUGAAACCAGUAGCAACAGUAUGUGAUCAAGGAGCUACGAAUGUAGCAGCUAUUAACUCAUUAAUUCAUGAAGCCAACCUUUCGCGACACAGAAGUCAUAAGAAUCCCAGUAAGUAACUCACAUGCACGCACGCACUACCCAUUUAUGCACGUUUGCAU